AUGACAACUGAAUAUGAUGAUGAGAAUUGUGGACAAUUAGUUAUAGCAACGGAUGAUGAACUUGUUGAUUGUCCUCCUGCGAGCCCGCAUGGAGAAUCAGAAUUUUCUUCAACAACUGAACCUUCACAAAAAUUAGAUGGGGAAAAAUCGAACGUGAAAGUUUCAGCACACGUUGAUUCCUCCACGAGUCAGUCUCAGUCAGCAAUUCCCGAUUCUACUCAAAUCAGUUCAACUGAGACUAAAAUGGAUGGCUCUAAUUUAGAAAUAGGAGAAAUUGACGGUAAAAAACAGGAACCUUCAAAAAACGUUUCUACUCGAAAUAAAAAACGCGAAAAGGUUUCUACUAAGAAUUUUGAUCAAAAACCUUUAAAUGCUGAUAAACAUCAAAAUAAAACCAAUGAAGAAAAUAUUGCCAAAAUUGAUGUAAAGCAUAAGCCACAUGGUGUUCACAAUUUUCUUAGCGGAACUUUAAAUAAAAAGACAAUGAUCGAUAAAUCGACAUGUGUUUUUACUAGAGCAAAUGGGACAUCUAAUGGUUUGGAAGAGCAUUUACUUUCAAUGCGACCUGGAACAAAUGUAACAAUUGAUAUAACAAUAAUCUGUAAAUCUGGUGGAAAUACUUUGUAUAUUUGUGCAAAAUGGCGUGGACAAGAAUAUCAUGGGGUGCUAACUGAUGGAGAGCCUUUAUUUUCUCAUCAUCAUUCUCAAAAAAGAAAUGCUAAUUCAAAUAGUAACAAAUCUCAUUUUGAUAAUGAUGGAAGUGGGCCUUCUCAUAGUAUGGCAGCAGAAGGAGAUCGUGCCAGUAAUAUUGGAGGAGUAAAACGAGGUGGUAAGCGUGGUGGUACUCAUUUAUCAAAACCAUCGAUUGCAACAAGUGGCCCAGAAGAUAAACGAUUGAAGAAUAUUGCUGAUGGUAGGAAAACUUCCAAAGAUUCGUUAAAAAUAAUAAAGAAUUAUUUAGAUACAGCUGGGCAACCAAAUCAUGCGAAUAAACAACUCGUUUCUUCAAAAAGUUGUUCAGAACCAACAACUCCCGGUCCAGUUUCUAGCGAGCAAAGCAGUUCUUCAUCCAAUGCAUUCUUUCCUCAUGCAGUCCCACAUUCUCCUAUUGCCUCUACUUCUUCAAAUCCUUCAUCUUUUCACAAGCAAAGUGCCAAACGUCGUCUUUCUUCUGCUUCCUCUUCUUCUCAAAAUACACAUCAUGGUCUAUACGAAGCCUCAAGAAGAUCAUUUCCCCAUCGAUGUCCACAUAAGCAGUGUGGUUUUAGAUUUGGAGCUAUCUCCGACUUGAACACUCAUUUGCUAAUUGGUCAUCAAGAUUUUGAACGAACUAAAGCUGCAAUUCUUGAAUCAAGUGCAACUCAAACAAUUUCUCCUGAAAUGAAUUCAAUAGGAUGUGAUCCUCUUAAUAUUCCACAAAAUAAUGAGGAGUCUUCUUCACACAUUCUUUGUUUUAAAUGUAAACAAUUAUUAACAAAAGAAGAAAAAGCUUUUAAAAAUUGUCAAACGACUAAAAUUAUUCGUCCAAAUACUUUAUCUGUUGAGGAAAUAGAAGAAGAAGGGCCUUCAACUACAAAGAAGCAACGCUUAAAUAAAACAAAAGAAGCAGAAAAUGAUGAUUCUCCAGGUUUUUCUGAUAUUUCUGAUGAUGCGGCACCGACUUUAGAAAAACAAGAACAAAUGUUUGACAAACAAAAUGAUGAUCAGCAAGCGAGUCAACAGAAUAAGAAUAAAAACGAAAUUCCCUUUACUAUUGCUGACAUUGCCUCUUCUUCCUUAACAACAUCACCUUUAUUUCUACAAAAAUUAGUUCCAGGUGAUGGUCAAUUAAUUGAUUCUGCUACUUUAUAUUUACAACAAUUGCAACAACAACAAGAACAAUUAAAAGGCGAAAAUGAAAACAAAAAUUUAUUAGAAAAAUCGAUAACUUCUUCAACAAAUGUUGGGAGAACAUCAACAGAUUUAAAUAAUGAAAGAUCUCAACAACAACCACAACAACAAACAUUUAAUGAAACUUCCUUUCCUUUUUCUGUUUCAUCAAAUAUAGAUCCUUCUAAUCUUCAACCAGGAAUUUCUGCUACAAUGUUUGAACAACAAAAUCCUUUUGCCAUUUCUCAACUUCAGGCUUUUGUCGCCGCCAAUCAGCAACAAUCAUCCGCUUCUCCAAAAUUCCUCAAUCCUUCAUCAUCGGGUUUAUUGUCUUUGGGUACUCCAAUGUCUUCUACUGCUACAAAAUUGGAUGCAAAUGCACAGAUUCAUCAUAAAAUCUACGAACUACAAGAACAUGCAAAUACUUCUGCUGUUGCUGGAGGUGAGGGAAAUGUUCAUAUUUCUGCAUCACGUUCUUCAUCUACCAAACCUUUACAAUCACAAAUAGGUAGCACGGUUUCUCCGAUUCCGUCAAUGAGGCCAAAUUCGGCGAUAGCCAGUGGUGGUGCAAGUCAACAACAGAGAGGAUCUUCCCAAAACGAACAAUCAAAUAUUUCACAAAAUUCACAACAACAUCACCAAAACUUACAAAAACCUCAACAAUUACCACAACAACCAACACUCUUAAAUCCAUCUAAUUCUUUCUUUCUCCGUCCCCCUUCCAAUCCUGGUAUGGCUUUUCUGCCUUCAAAUCCAAGUUUUGUUCCGCCUUCUAUAACACCAAUUUCUGCAGCACCCCCAAAUAAUGCUGCUGCUCUUUUUGCUAUUCAACAACAAAUGGCUAUAGCACAGCAGCAACAACAGGCAAUGAGAAGAAAUUCUAAUAAUAAUAAUAAUGGUCCUCCAAUGCCAACAACGAGUGGAGGAAAUACAUUACUUCAACAACAGCAAAUACAACAGCAACAAAUUCCAACAUCAAUGUUUACUCAGCCAUUUGGAGGGCAAAUGCAAGUUCCUCCAGGUUUAUUGGCAGCAGCCGCCUCUGGACUUGAUUUUAACGUAUUGCAACAAUAUGCUGCUUUAAUCAACCAAGCUAGUGGAAGUAGUGGGGGUGCACUUCCACAAUCAAAUAAUAAUUUGCCUCAUAUCCAACAACAACAACAACAAAAUCACAAUCAAAAAUAG